AAGUAAUAUUUUGAGGAACACAGAUUUUAAACCUGGCUUGGGGCCCUUCUGUAUGGAGUUUGCAUGUUGUGUUAGCGUGGGUUUUCUCCGGGUUCUCCGGCUUCUUCCCACAGUCCAAAGACAUGCAAGAUAGGUUAAUUGUUGACUCUAAAUUGCCCGUAGGUGUGAAUGUGAGUGUAAAUGGUUGUGUUUCUCCAUGUAUCAGCCCUGUGAUAGUCUGGCGACCUGUACAUGGUGUACCCCGCCUUAGCCAAAUGUCAACUGGGAUCAGCUCCAACCCCCCCGCAAACCUGAAUAGGAUAAGCGUUUACAGAUAUGGAUGGAUAUACUGUAUAUAUAUAGUAGCCUACUUUUAAUUUUGGUACUUAAGUAUAUUUUGAUGCUAAUACCUUUGUACUUUUACUUGUCCUUUCAGAGAAAUUACAGUUUUUACUGCACUUUGAUUGAAAUAGCACACAAGCAGAGCACCCUACACAUUCCAUACUGUUAAGAAAGUGAAGGAUUAAUUAUGAACAUACAAAGAGGGCUUCAGUGCAACAAAUACCAUGCGUCAUGGUUACACUCAAUAAACAGACAUGUCCAUUCAUGAAUAACAUAAUACUUUCUCACCGGGCUGUUAACCAACCUGGGAUAAUAGCUUGAUCCGAUGUUACGCUUUAAGUCCAGAGCAGGUUGUGUGUGGGAGCUUGAAGGGCAGCAGCUGAGAACAAAGCUAGGGAACCAAAAAGAGAACAAACAGUCAAACAACGGGACUCACCGUAGGAAAGCAGAUCCAGUCUCUCGACUCCCCUUUGGAGACCUUCGUCGUCUGUGCGCACGGGGUCUGCGGCUUUUUCCGGACACCACAAGAAAGACACACGGAGAAAGGGGAGGAAAUGAGCACUGGAAGAUUUCGAAGUGGUGGGAGAGACAAAUGCAGGCUGCACAUGGUGACCUGGAACGUGGCCACAGCGGAGCCCCCUGAAGACGUCACCUCUUUGCUGCAGCUAGAUGUCCAGCCCCCCACAGACCUCUAUGUGAUUGGCCUGCAGGAGGUGAACGCCACCCCAGUGAGGUUCAUCUCUGACCUGUUAGUGGAGGACUCGUGGAGCCACGUCUUCAUGGACACACUGGCACCCAGAGGCUUCGUCAAGGUCACAUCAUUGAGGAUGCAGGGUUUGCUGCUGCUGGUUUUUGCCAAACAAAUCCAUCUCCCCUACAUCAGAAACAUCCAGACCACCUACACUCGUACUGGCAUCUUUGGCUACUGGGGUAAUAAAGGAGGAGUGACCGUGCGUUUUUCCUUCUAUGGCCACAUGGUGUGCUUCCUCAACUGCCACCUAGCAGCUCACGUGAACUACGCUCUGCAGCGUGUCGAUGAGAUUGAGUACAUCCUGGAGACACAAGACUUUGACAUCGAUGACACCCCACAUAUCCGGGAUCACAAGGUGGUGUUCUGGUUUGGCGACCUGAACUUCCGUAUUGCAGACCACGGCUUGCACUUCCUUCGCUCGUCCAUCAACAGCGGGCGCCUUAACCUGCUGUGGGACAAAGACCAGCUCACCAUGAUGAAGAAGAAGGAACCUUUCCUGCAGGAAUUUGAGGAAGGGCCAUUAAAUUUUAAACCGACCUACAAGUUUGACCGUAACUCUGUAACCUAUGAUACCAGCACACCGAAGACAUGGUUGGGUUUUAAUGGCAAGAAGAGGAAAAUGGCCUGGACGGAUCGGAUCCUCUGGCGCAUCAAACCCCAAACCAUGCCAUCAGAGGACGAUGAUGAGAAGGCAUCGACUUCUACUGACGAUGGACUCGAUGAGUAUCCACUCCUGGUCACUCAGGACAAGUACACCAGUGACAUGAGCUACGGAGUCAGUGACCACAAGCCUGUCAUUGCAACCUUCAGUGUGGAGCUGAGGAAGUGCUUUGACACACCACUGGUGCACGUAUCUCCCCUGGGUGUAUGGAGCGCCGACCAUGAUGCACUUCUUAACUACACCAUCCAAGAGGACUUCAUGUCCUCCACGUGGGACUGGAUCGGCCUGUAUAAGGUGGGAUUCAAGAGUGCCUUCGAUUAUGAGACCUUCGUUUGGGUUAGAGAGGACGAGUUGUCAGAGACAAAUGAAGUCAUACAGGUAUCUGUGGAUAAGGACGAGAUCCCUCUGCUAGGUGGACAUUAUGUUUUGGGUUACUACAGUACAAACAUGCAAAGCAUAGUCGGCCUCAGUGCUAACUUUCAGAUCCUGGAGUCAAAGCGUGCCGUCAUGGAAGGUCUCGUUCCUGAAAACAUCAAUGGACUCAACUAAUAAGAACAAAUUCACCGCAGUGCCAGAUCGUAUUCCUCCCCCCUGGAAAUUUACACAGAAUUGAUUCAGUCUUCUAAUUGCCCCCAAGAUCAACUCAACUGGAUACACUGAUUCAGGCAUUCAAUAUUGGCCACCAUACUGUGCUAUCACGCGGACCUGAAAUUACAUUUUUUUUUUUUUCAACUUUGCCUUCAAGGAGUUCACCUUAAGUGAGAUUCACUCUUGCUGGAACAGUUUCUCCACAAAUAUGGUUUUUCGCUGUAAUGAAAAGAAAAGGAUAAGUAAUGUUUUUUUGUGAUUGUAGUGCAGGUCAAUAUAGUCCUUGGUCAAAUUGUAUUUGAAAAUAUAUGUUUAUGUUUUGUUUUGGUCUACAUUAGUGCCAGUGCAAAGUUGUACAAUAAGUGUGAGAAAGAUCUACCAAUCAUAGGGAACUGUUGUAUAGAAAAUAGGGCUGCCAAAGUAAACGUGAUAACGCGUUAACACAAAUUUGUUUUAAAGUAAUUUCUUUAACAAAUUAACGCAACUUGCAUUUUUUAGGUCGUAUGUAUCAUAUGAAACUGGAAAACCUAAGGAAUCCAUUAGUACCAACCAUGUCAUACUAGCUUGUCGUGAAGGAGGAUAAAUAACGUUCAAAACUUACGCUAGAAUAGGUGAGGAAAAACUGGCAUGGCCAUUUUAAAAGGGGUCCCUUGACCUCUGACCACUAGAUAUGUGAAUAUAAAUGGGUUCUAUGGGUACCCACGAGUCUCCCCUUUACAGAU